AUGAAUAAAUUUGAAGACGAUUUGAAAUAUGCUCAAAAAGCCAAUGGAAAUGAGUUUUUAAACUGGCUUUAAAAUCUCAGCUUUGAACUCGUAACAUAAAAAGAAUAUUCCUAUGGUCAAGAGUUCUUGAAAUUUUAGCAUCAAGUUUAUGAACUAAUAUUCAAAUAAGAUGGGAUAUUAAAUAGUAGUUUUCGAACAACUCAAAUGCGAUUUGGAUCUAUAGAGGAUACUCUGUUUUUUAUCAAAAUUCUUAAUGUCCUCUCACCAAAUGAAUAAUCAUUUUAUCAAUCAUUGCCUUCUGAAUAUCCUUUAAACCCAGUUCAAAGUGAUAUAUUGCCUGCUCAUUUGUAGUUGUUUUUGAAGGAUCCAUCCAUCGUUAACAUGAAUUCAUCAUUUUAAACAUUUUAAGAAAUUUUCCAAGAAAAUAUUUUGGUUGAAAAAACACAACUAAAAUUUUGUGUUAGCGCUAAAAUGAUGUUUUGGAUUUAUUUACUAAAUGGUGCUGUAAAUUUUAAAGAAAGUGCCUUACAUGCCACUGAAAAUAGUUAAAAAAUACUUGAUUGUGCAUUUAGCAAAUGCAAAAAGAAAUUUAACACCAAAGACUUUUUAUUAAAAUAGCUUACUUUCAAUCCAUAUUUAAUUUUGAUAAGAAGAAUAAUUGAAUAUAUGGUUUUGUAGAUCAAGCCUGGCAAUCCAAUUUAACAUAAUUAAAAUAAGCAAGUUACUAUUUUCACAUUUCAAUAGAUGAUAAUACUAUUAUAAGAAUAUUCUAUGUAUGAACAUUUAUAUGUAUCAAAAUUGCUUGAUUUAAAUUUAACAAAUGAAUAAUAAAAGUUAUUCUAUAAAAUCAAACCCAGCAGUGUCAUAUUAGAUACUCAAAUGAUGUUAAUAUUUUUAACUAUCUUCUUUAAUAAUAGGUAUGGAUAAGACUUAGAAGCUACAUACUCAUAAUUUAAACAUUUUAUUAAGAGUACAGAUAUCCUCAGCAAACAAAGUCAAAUCUAUUAUUAAAACAGAGGGUUCUUUUUUGAAUGUGGAAGACAAAAAUAGCAAGUUACUUACUAAUAAGGAUUAUAUAAAUUUUUAUAGAACUCAUUUGAAUCCUAUCACAACGAAAGAUAAUGCAAUUAAAUUUCAUUGCUUUCCCAUCUAUCAACUUAUGUCUUAUUUUUGAGAUAGUAAUUUGCUGUCUAUGAGAUUUCUAUAUAUAAUUAAGUGUUGAUAUUUGAUUAAGCACUAUUGUCUUGUUUAAUAUCACAAAAUACAAUAUUAAAUUAGCUUUCCAAACAAUAAAAUUUCUAAUACAAAAGUAACAAUCCAAUUGCUCGAUUUAUCUUAAGUGAGUUGUAACCUAUUUAUUAAUUAUGCAAAAAUAAAUUCGGAUAUUGCCCUCAAGCAAUAUUGUUUAAGGAAUUUAGACCUUCAAAUUUAUUAUAAUGUAUAGAGUCUAAAUUUAAUUCACACGAAUAUGAAGUUAAUUUCCAUUAUAGAGAAUUGGAUUAAUAUCGAAAUCAAAUGAAAAAUCUAUUAAGAGUUCAUUAUCCAUUUUACACUAAAUUAUUAAUUACAAUCUUUAAGUGCAUUAAUAAUCUAAGCUAUUUAAGCGAUACAGAAUAUUAAGGAAUAAUGCAUUUACUUACAUUUUUAUAUUCUUAGGAUCAAAAUGCAUUGUUUUGUGAUCUAUUGAAGUGUUAAUAAAACUAACCAUACUAAAAUCCUGCAUAUUUUGAAGUAAAAAAUUUCUGUGACAUCUAUAUCAAAGACAGCAAAGAGGAAGACUUUUUGAUAAAAUAAAAUGAAAACAUUUAAAAAUGGAUAUAACAAAUAAUUAUCUGGCUUAUGCAAUACCAAUAGCAGAAGAAUAUAAAAAAUGAUAAAAUUGUAAAAUAUUUAGGAGAAUAAUUUAACAUUCAAAUGUCGACUAUAAAAGUAGUGCCCAUGAGGAAUUUAAGUCCUUCCAAAAGUACUGGAAGGUUGUCAAGAGCUAAAAUUUAAAUUAAUUAAUGGAAAGCACCUUUGAGGGAUUAUGAGUUUUAUUUCCUCUUUGUCUUGAUGUGGUAUUUGAGCUACUGUUUAGACAAGCUUCGAGUUAGCAGAUAGAUGAAUUUCCUUAAAUUCAGUGGCCAAGAAAAUUUGCUUCGCCUGUGA